UCAGGUUGAGUUUUUCGUUUGUUAGUUAUUUUUAUUUAUUUUUGUAAUAUUAAUACUUGAUAAAUUAGUUUAAAAAAAUUAAAAAAUGGCCAAAUUUAAGUAUUACUUUGAUUUAAUGUCACAACCAUCAAGAGCUUUGUGGAUAGCAUUUAAAAUGGGAAAGACUCCUUUCGAGGAGUGUUCGGUGGCAUUAAGAAAACGUGAACAGUUAUCUGAAGAAUACAAAAAAAUCAAUCGAUUCCAAAAAGUACCAUGCAUUGUGGAUGGAGAUUUGCAUUUGUCAGAAAGUGUGGCUAUAUUAAGAUACCUGUCUGACAAAGGCCAAUUUAGUGAAACACUUUAUCCUAAGGAAUUAAAAGCCCGUGCAAAAGUUGAUGAGUUCUUGGAAUGGCAACAUUUAAGUGUACGUCUUGGUUGUGCCAUGUAUUUUAUGCGGUUGUGGCUUUUACCUAUGAAUGGUUUGGCUAAAAUGCCUUCUGAGGAACAAAUUUUAAAAUUACAAAAAGAAAUGGAAAAUUCUUUAGAUAUUAUUGAAAAUAUAUGGUUGGACAAAUCUGAAUUUCUAACAGCAAAAAAACUUACUAUAGCUGAUAUAUUUGGUGCUAGCGAAAUAGAACAGACAAGAUUGACUAAAUACGAUGUUAGUAGAAAAUAUCCGAAAAUUGCUGAAUGGCUAGAAAAAGUGCGUAAGGAAUCUAAUCCUUAUUAUGAUGAAGCACAUAAAUUUAUUUACAAAAAGUCUGCUUGAAAUAAAAAAAUAAAUUAU